AUGAACAUCUACAAGACAAAGCGUGACAGCGAUCCGCUGAGGAGGAGGCCCAAAAGUGCUUCUCUACACGCCUCCGGAGGCGAGCACAAGAGCCUGCGGCCGAUCUCUGCCGGCGCGAGGAUCUGGAGCGGAGGAUGGGUGUUUUCCCGGCAUCGAUGCUUGUUCGGGGAUAUGCAGGUGAAGACUCCACGGGAGGUGGACGAGGCUGCGCUGAAGGCCAGGGAGAAGCCGCGGGCACCUGGGAUCCCGGCGGACAAAAAGUCUGUGCGACCAAGACCUUGGCUGAGGCCGCAGACUGCGCCUUUGGGAGGGAAAUCGUUGGAGGGUGAUCAGCCAAGAAGGGCCGCGAGUGCAACGAAACGAGUCAGUUACGCCUUCAGCGACCCGGACAAGAGCUCGCAAGAGCAGAAAACCUUGACGGUAGAAGUUGAAGACGCGACAGACCUCUCCCUCUCCCUCAACGGCAAGACUACAAGGGAGGACCUUGACAUCGCUCCAGAUGUAGUGGAGACUGUGGAGACAACAAAGUCGAAUGUCAUAUCCUUCGACGACCUUGAGACCAAGAGCAAGCAGCCAUCGUUGCUCAUGAAGAAAAGUUUCACGCUCAACGACCUCGUUCGCAAGACGAGGAAUGUAAUGUCCGCCAGGAAGCUGAUCUCCGACAAGCCUCAGUCUACAUCCCCGCGAGAUCAUUACGGUGAAGAAGCUCCGCACGCGUGGUACUGUAAGAUAUGCGGUCAAAACGGCUCCAAGGUGAAAUGGUGCGUGUGGGAGGCGAGUAUUCCUCAUCGUCAUAGUCAGACAUCUUAUGACAAUAUCUUCGUCGGCGGGCAGUUGAGCUACGGGAAGACGCCACGAGCGAUCCGACGAUAUGAGCAAAUGGAGCUGAACAAGUCACCGUGGAAGCUUCCAGUGGAUGAGAGCUCGCUACUCGAUACGCCGAAUGUGAACAAGGAGACUGUUUCGCUGGUGAACGCGCACAUGAGAGUUAUGCACAACAAUGUGGUGUCGACCAAGACCAUGAAAGGGAAGUUUCUUGAAGAAGGAGAUCUCGACGGAGCUCCGCAGGAGAAAGACGAGGAGAAGAAGGAUGAUAUAGUGGAGCUGGAAUCGUCUCAAUCAGAGUGGGACAACAUAGUCAGGACGCCGUCAGUCGCGACAGACAUUCUGGGCGACACAACUGACCUCAAGGACUUCUCGAGAAGCUCAGUGACUGUCAUUGCGCGUGUGACAACUGUCAUGAAGAGAUUGAGGGUCAAGUUCUUGUGGUGUCUUGUUUGUUGUUUGACAUGA